UUGUGAACAAGAAGUAAUCGGUCUUUGAGGCGGUUACGCUGUAAUCGGUACAAGCCUAAAGCCUUCUUCUUUCUGCAACUCUAUCUUCUUUCUUCUUCCUAAACUUCAAUCUUCAGUGGCGCUUCAGAUACUUUCAGAGGAGAAAGGUCACUGAGGAUGGGAGUGAAUUCCCUGGCUCAAACACCAGUUUUGGGACUAUUACUGGCGGAUGGUAAGGAAUUAGGGUUUCUUUUUGAGCUCGUCUGAGUUCGAGGUUUAAAGAAGAAAUAAGGGAAGCUGUUCUUUGCAACGAAGAAGGGCAUGGAGAUGGUACCGCAGGUGGAGGAAGAGUGGAGGGACACAGAGAAAGAAAAGGAGAGUUCUACGUUUAUGAUGAAACGGGAGCAAUUUUUUCCUCGGAUGUCUCUGAGGGUUUUGUUGGUUGAAUCUGACGAUUCGACACGGCAGAUCAUCACGGCACUUCUGCGCAAGUGCAGCUACAGAGUUGCUGCAGUUCCUGAUGGCCUAAAGGCAUGGGAGGCUCUAAAGGGGAGACCUCAUAAUGUAGAUCUCAUCUUGACAGAAGUGGAAUUGCCAUCGGUAUCUGGAUUCACUCUUCUUACCUUGAUAAUGGAGCAUGAAAUCUGCAAGAAAAUUCCUGUUAUAAUGAUGUCCUCAAAUGAUUCAAUUAGCAUGGUUUUCAAAUGCAUGAUGAGGGGUGCUGCUGACUUUCUCAUUAAACCUCUUAGGAAGAAUGAACUUCGGAAUUUGUGGCAGCAUGUUUGGAGAAGACAAUCUUCAGCUGGUGACAGAAACCUUGCACAACGAAAAGUUGAAGCAAUAUCUGAAAACAAUGCGGCAAGUAAUCACUCAAGUGAUUAUGUUGCUUGCACACAGAAGAACAAGACAAGCAGUGGAAAAGGAAGUGAUGCUCAAAGCUCUUGUACAAAGCCAGAUAUGGAAGCUGAAAGCGCAUGCAUGCAAAAUCUGCAGGAUUGUUCACAGCCAAUAUGUCGGAGUUCUUCACUUGAACAUGAGAACAAAAAAGAAGAGAAAUCAACAAUAUUGGGAUCGGAGGUGACACAGUCAAAUGAAGCUAGUGCUUCGGCUAGAUUUGUUCUAGGAGAUUCUUAUGGAAAAAGAGAGGCUCAGCCUAAGGAUGUCGCACCAGAGAAUCACAGAGAGGAUGCUAAUAUAACUGGUGCGACUCGCGGAAACAGUAAUGAAGGGACAGAAUCUCUUAGUGAAGCCAUUGACUUGAUUGGAGCAUUUGAUAAUCGCCUGAGGUGGAAUUUUGGUCAUUCAUAUAACACUGUUACCAAAGAAGUGUUAUUUGAUGGUAUAAAAACCCUUUCUGGGUCCAAUGACAAGUCCGGUUGCACUCCAUUAUUGGAACUUUCCCUGAAAAGAUCCCAUCUGAGUGGCUCGGAAGGCCAACGGACAGAUGAAAGGCAUACAUUGAACCAUUCAAAUGCAUCAGCUUUUUCAUGGUACAAUAACAGGAAAGCUCAGUCUCCUCUUCCAGCAUACAAUGUUUACUCUGAGCCCGAAGAUUGCUCAAGAAAAUCUCAAAAACAUAUGGAAAAUCAGGGUCCUUGUCAUACUGCCGAUGCUCCUCAACAGAAUAGUCUAACUUCUUCAGUUGGUCAAUCUGAUCUGGCUGAAACAGUGAUACCAUGUCAUCAGCAGGUCAUCCCUGCCCCUGUUCCCAUCGGAGGGAUGAGUUUUGAUGGUUUAUAUGCCAGCUAUGCUACUGUAUUGCCACCCAUGUUUUAUGAAUCAGCUCAACUGCCGUUACGGGGUCAAAGUACAGGCAGCCGUCUAGAACCCUCAACUGUUUGCCUGAAUUUGUCUCACCAACCCAAUCCUGAAACUCAGUAUGAACAGGGUUGCCACUUUCAGGAUCAAAAUGCUGACAGUUCCACUAACCAAACAUUGCGCGAGCAGGUGCAUAACAUUGAAGAUUUGGAGGAUCCAAGCGAUGUUUCUCCACCCACUGGUCAGAGUGCAAAUAGCUGUAUAUAUAACGGUGCUAGAAGCUACCUUAACAGCAGUGGUUGUGGGAGUGUUUGCAAUGGAAAUAAUGGGAAUGUCACUGCAGUUAUUGCUGCCAGGGCCACUGUAGAAUGCAGGAGUGGUGAAAGUCUCUUUGUCCAUGAUAGAGUUGGAGGGAUGGAUCCUCAUUGCUCCACCCAUAGAGAAGCAGCUCUGACCAAGUUCAGGUUGAAACGGAAAGACAGAUGCUAUGAGAAGAAGGUCCGUUACCAAAGCAGAAAACGACUUGCUGAGCAGCGUCCCCGAGUGAAAGGACAGUUUGUUCGUCAAGCCUCGCAGGAUCUUCCCUCAGCUGAAAGUAUCAUUACCAAUGACUUAUUUAUUGCAUAGCUGGUGGAAAACCUUCCUUGAUUGG